GUACAACGCCCAACAGCCGCGUACGUCCCUGCUCUGCUUUUAAAUAACCGGCUUGGAUGGGGCUGUAGAGCUCAGCUCUGGCAGCCUGGGCUGCAAAACCCGCCUGCGAGGCUGUAAAUGCCAUUCUCGUGAGUGUGCAAGGAACCUACAGAACUGUAAUGUCUAACCCUACAUGGAAUAACAACUCUUGGAAGUUUUUAGGUGGCAGAGACACAGUGAAGCUCUGUGUGGGGCAAGGAGAGCUGAUGGGGGAGCCUGGGGUGUGACCCAGGAUGGAUUGGCUGUGACGGCGUGCCUUAGCUGGAGAGGAAGUUACCAUGAAGAGUUCCUGCAGAGCUGGCCUCCACAGGGAACCGCUGAAUUCCACAUCCUCCACCUUCCACCAGGUCAAACGGGUCUCUGGUAUGCACUUAAAGCCAUAUCUCAAGUUACAGAAGAAAGAGCGAUCCCCAGAAAUAAGCCAGGAUUCCCUGCGAGGCCACCAGGGAUCAGCACAAGGAGAAAAAUACACCACCUGCACCAAACUGAGCGUUUUCCCAAAACCCUCCCUCGUGACUCCAUCUCAAAAGCUUCUGGGGAUUAUUUAUCCAAAUACUAUGUGCAAUAUGAACGGGAAAGGUCCAGCGGAUGGUCCAAGUGCAAGGGAAAAGAAGAACGCCCUGUCUGCAACGAUCCACCAGGGAGAGGAAGGGGAAGGGCCUCUGGAUGUCUGGGCCGUGGUGAAACCUGGCAACACGAAGGAGAAGAUCGCGUUCUUCGCGGCCCAGCAGUGCAGCAGCACCAGCAGGGUGGGCUCCAUGAAAAUCAAGAGCACGUGGGACAUCGACGGGAGGACGGCCAAGCGCAGGAAAAAAUCGGUGGACCUCAAAAAAGCCAAAAUCCAACUGGAAAGGAUGAGGGAGGCCAAUGCCAGGUGCUCCCAGCCGGAGCCUUUUGCCUGUGGCAUCGAGCACUGCUCGGUGCACUACGGGAAUGACAGCGGAGAGGGAGCGUUCCCGGGCCGGUCCCUCUCGGUGAUAGAGAUGGUGGCUUUCCUGGAGCAGCGGGCGAGUGCUUUGCUGGUGGAUUGUGCUAAAACCUGCACGGCCGCCCCUGCCACGAGGCCGAGCGCUCAGCCCAAGGGGGCCCUUCCCAGCUCCGACCCCUUUUCCUCGGCCGGGGCGUGCGAGGUGCACGCGGAGCAGCAGGGCGAGCCCGUGCGCGUGCUGGACAUGGUGGCCAAGCUGGAGUCGGAGUGCCUGAGGCGCCAGAGCGAGCGGGAGGCCGGGAGCCUCUCCGGAACAAACAGCUUCCGCAGAAACGUCGGGAGGGUGGCUUGGCCAAGCGGCACCCAGCCCGAGGGAGAGGCGGGGAAGGGUGCCGGGGUUCUGGCUCAGGGGGAUGGCUUGGGGGGCGGGGUGGCAGAAGCUGGAUACGGAGGUCGUUGUGGUGCUCUGGGUGACGCCGAGUUGUGGGAUGGCGGCGCCUCUGCUCGGCGGCCUUUUCCUUCGGGGCUGGAUACCCGGAUGGGGAAUGUGAAUUCGGGACUUGCUCACGCGGUGCUGGCGAUGGCAGCCGCCAGGAGCGACACUGAGACACGGAUUGAGCCUCCCAGAGCUCUGCUGUCCUCGUGUCCAGCUCCUGCUGCCAGGCUGCCACCGGAUCCCUUGCAGAGCAAAAACGCGACCGUUGAUUGUACGUCGAAGGAGCCUGUGAUUUUCCCAAAGCAGAGCCUGCAUCCUGCGAGGAAGGAGCCCUUGUGCAUCAGUAUAUCCGUCACCAAGACCGAGAAAGGGUGCAGGAAAGAGAAGCUCUCCAGCUCCAGUUCUAGUGAGGAUUCGCUCCCGGGGAGGCUGUUUUUCCUCCAGGACGACCAGCCUGCUGCUCACGAGCAACAGCCACCACGGGAAAGUACCCAAGAGAAGCCAGGAGAAGUAGCCCAGAAUGAGGAUGAGGAUGCUUUGGCAUCCGGCGGGUUGUGUGUCAGGAGCAGUGUCCCUACAGAGCCAUCGGCCCCCUCUGUCCCUCCCACAGAAGGGGCCUUGCAAGUACUUGACGCUUCCUGCCUGAAAAGGCAGGUUUCGCAUGACUUUCUGGAGACCAGGUUUAAAAUCCAGCAGCUUCUGGAGCCUCAGCAGUAUAUGGCCUUCCUGCCUCACCACAUCAUAGUGAAGAUCUUUGGGUUGCUCCCUACCAGGAGCCUGGUGGCCCUGAAAUGCACUUGCUACUACUUCAAGUUCAUCAUCGAGUACUACAACAUCCGGCCGGCGGACUCGCGCUGGGUCCGGGACCCCCGGUACCGGGAGGACCCCUGCAAGCAGUGCAAGAAGAAGUACGUGAAGGGGGACGUGUCGCUGUGCCGGUGGCACCCCAAACCCUACUGCCAGGCCCUGCCCUACGGGCCUGGCUACUGGAUGUGCUGCCACCGGUCCCAGAAGGGCAUCCCGGGCUGUAAGUUGGGUCUCCACGACAAUCACUGGGUCCCCGCCUGCCACAGCUUUAACCGCGCCAUCCACAAGAAGACCAGAGGGGCGGGAGCCGAAGUGGAAGAGGAAUAUUAGUGCACAUACACUUUUCCUGCGAGAUUGUUUGGGGUAGGAGGAGAUUCUCAUGCCUUGUGCUGUUUACAGUGUAUAUAAUUGUCGUGGUUAUUUUUUUUUUUGUUUUGUUUUGUUUUGUUUUCCACAGGGCUAUGAAACUGCACAUACUCAAACACAAGAGCCUUUACCUUUUAGAUUAAAGAGAGCUUUUAGUCCAUCUCUGUAAAUAACACUAUAAAAAAACCCCUAAUUGUACAUACAGAGUCUACAGCUGGCUGAACAAGGUAACCCCCUACAAUGCAGCUAUCCCAGUGUUGCGGCUAUAGGUGUGUGUGUUUUUAAGUGUCUUGUUUCAAAAUCUGUAUAUUCCGCAUAAUAUAUGAAUGUUUCUGAGAAGAAACUCUAAAUAGGUAAAGGUCAACUUGUUUAAAGAAGCUGCAGACAACUUAACUGGACAACCUGAAACUUAGACUAUAGAACAGACCCAUUAUAGUAGCGUGGCAGUGGAUUUAAAAACAAAAAAAAAAAAGAGAUGAAUAUUAUUGUAUAGUCAGAAUAUAAAACAAAAAUAUUCUUGUCUACCUUACCCAUGUUGUCUGGUUUGGUUUUUUUGGGUUUUUUUUUUUGGUUUUUUUUUUUUUUUACAUGAAUAAAACGUGCAUUCUAGAUCUGCCUUACCGGACUUUCUCUUGUAAGACUUUUGCCCCGAAAUAAAAAUGCUGUAAAACACGU